GCGAACACUAUUGCAAAAGAAAAAAUACAAAUACGACCACAAACUCGAGCUGAACCGUACCGGACUCGGAAACAAGGAACAAGACCAAAGAAAAGCACGCAAAGAGACGGACACAGAGACAGACGAACGACAGCUACUGUUACACCAUGCCGGCAGCAACCAACAGCGGCGGAGGAGGAGGCGAGCAGUGGGCCUGGCUGGGCCUCCUGAAAUGGACGCUGGCCCACACCGAUGGCACGCGGCCAUCCAGCGAGAGCCCGACCAUGAUGUCGGACGAGGACAAGGCCUUUCUGGAAAAAGUCAUGGCGGAGGGUAUCAUCGACGAGUCCGAGCGGAUGAAGUUUGUCCUGCAGGAGUUUUCGAAGGCCAUGGAGUACUACAAGAGCCAGAGCCAGAGCGAUGGACAGGAAGCACCAACAACAUCGACAACGACGGAAGAAAAAGAGCAAGAGCCACCGCUACAGCCCCCGGCGCCGCCGAACGAGGACGAUCUCGAGGAGCUGCUGCAGGAACUCCGGGACAUUGUGGAACAGGUCGACUACGCGAGGGGAUUCGUGAACCUGAAGGGGUGCCGGUACCUGCUGGGGGCGAUCGCUGCCCCAGAGGUUCCGACAACGAUCCGGGACGCCUGCCUGGGGAUCCUAUCGACGCUGGCGCAGAACAAUCCGCCGGUCCAGAAGGAGCUGGUGGAGCUCGGAUCGAUCAAGGUCCUGAGCGACCUUUUUCUGUCCGAAACACAAACCGACGCAGACGCGGACACCGCAACAGAAUCGGGCACGAGAGCGGUCCCGCUAUCCACCAAGACCAGGACCAUGCAGGCGCUGAGCGCAAUUGUUCGGUGCUACGACCUGACGGAGGGCGUCUUCGAGGGCCUCCCGCAGGCCCCGGCGAUGAUGGUGCAGGGGCUAAGCACCGAUCCGAACGUUUCCAGCACCUCCCUCCGGACCAAGACACUCUUUUUCCUGCGGGCCUUUCUGACCUCCGACCUGUCGACCCCGGCCCGUGCCCAGGCCUUUCGGUACGCAAUCGCAGCGGUGGCCGACACGGACUCGCUGUACCUGAAGGCUUCCGACGAAAGCGGCAACGACUGGGCGUCGAUCCAGCUCCGGGAGUCGGCCGUCUCGCUGCUCGGGCAGCUGCUGGAGCGGAGGCUCGCGGUCGGCCUCCUCCUGCAGCGCAAGCAGCACCUGGCCUCCAGGGGGGUCCAGCGGAUACGGGAGCUCCGGGCCUGCACCGGGGAAGACGCGGAGGCCACCCGAACGGAGCUGCAGCAGUGGGAGGCCUUUUUGCUCCUGCUGGCGCGGACGGAACCGGAAGCACCAGAGGAAGGGGCUUCGGAAGCCCCGAAGCUGCUGCUCUAGGUCGGUGCGAAGCAUCAAAAACAAAUAGUUUUAUAACAC